AUCAACAAGCAGAAAGUUAGAAAGUAUUUUUAUUUUUUUUGGUGCAAUAUUUGUCACUCCAUAUUUGUCAUGACAACAGCGUUAGAAGAUUAAUGACACACAAUCAUUGCGAUUAAUGACACACAAACAUUGAGAUUAAUGACACACAAACAUUGAAACAAAGCACAGACUGUUAAAACAUACUCUCCAAAUUUACUGCUGUAAUUUGAGACAUUUUUAAGUGUGUAAUUUGACAUCAAGGAUUUACAUAGAGCUGUUAUAAACACAGUGACAUUUACUCGUAUAAAACAUAAACUUACAUAGGUUGUCAAACCUUAUGUUGGAUAUAGAGUGCCCUUGUACUGAACGUCUACAUGGCAGUCAAGGCUAUGGAUUUAUAGGAAGCAAAAAAACAAAGAUAAAAACCUGGAUGAAAAAGUCAAAAAUGUCAAAUAAAUAUUAUUUUACAAAAUGUAAAAAGUAACAUUAGUUCUUAUAUUUUUGGACCUAAUGCAUUGAAAACAGCAUUGUACUUUCAUAUAAGAUUAUCUGAAUUUAAACAGAUAUAUCAAUAACAAAUAAUGAAAAACAAACCAGUAUGGAAACAGAAAAAGUCAUGUCUUCAACUCUCUGACUUGCAGUAAAGAUGUUCCAAAUGGCCUGUUACAAAAAAAAUCGUCAAAUAUCCCACGAUGGAUUUCCGCCAGUGACAAUAAGUGCUUUGUUAACGAAUGCUCUGGAUUUGACCGUGCCUGCAAGUGAUGCAUUAUUAAAGAACAGAAAGAAUCAAUGGGUACAACUCGCUGGUCACCAAGGUUCCUUUGCUCCUGCGGGUCCAAACACAAUUUGGAAGAAGCGUUUGAUGAAAGACAACAAUGAGACGAAGGCGUACAUGGCAAUGAUGGAGGAUGCCAUCUCUCCUUACGUUCCUAGAUAUUAUAGGGAGGUGGAAUACAACGGAGAAUAUUUCAUUGAAAUGGAGGAUCUGUUGCGUCAUUUCACAGACCCGUCAAUAAUGGAUAUCAAGAUGGGAAGCAGGACUUUUCUGGAGUCUGAAGUAAAGAAUCCUGUCCUACGCAAAGACCUGUACGAGAAGAUGGUCAAACUGGACGCCAGCGAGCCUACAGAGGAAGAAAACAGUCAAAGCUCAGUAACAAAACUCAGGUAUAUGCAGUUCAGAGAAAAGGGAAGCUCUACUUCAACUCUUGGCUUCCGACUUGAAGCAAUCAAGAUGUCUGGUGAGACCCCAAACACAGAUUUAAAGAAAGUCAAGUCCAAGGAGCAGGUCCUUCAGAAAAUCGAGGAGUUUCUGAUUGGUCGAGGAGAUGUAAAGGAAGCAGUUAUGAAUCGUCUGCUCGAUCUGAGGAAUGGGUUUACUGCAUCAAAGUUCUUCAAGGAUCACGAGAUAAUUGGCAGCUCACUGCUUGUGAUUUACGAUGCCACUGGCAAAGCUGGAGUCUGGAUGAUCGACUUUGCAAAAUGCUUCCAGGUAGAAGGAAGGAAGCUGACUCAUCAACAUCCUUGGUUGCUGGGUAACCAUGAAGAUGGCUACCUAACUGGUCUCAAUAAUCUCAUUAAGGUGAUUGGUGAAUGCAGCUCUUCAGAGAGCAUGGAAGUCCAGAACAGUAUUACAUCACAAGCAUCAUCCUCUUUCUCCUCCGUAUCCUCAUCAUCCAUCUCCAUAGCAACUACAUCAAAAAUAGACAACAACAUGAAACAUCUCCAUCAACAAACAAAAUCAACGAAAAAACAAUUUUUUCAUCAACUUUUCAAAUCAUAGUUGAACACUUUCAGUCCAUUGCAUGUAUAUGUACAGCACAAAGAAAAUAUAUUAUAAAAUUAAGUAAUCACACUCUAUGGAAAUAAUAUGAUAAGUUGAAUGGUGUUUAUGUUUAAUAGAGGAUGCUCUCUGCUAGACUAUUCUAGAAUUAUUUUCUGUAUAUAUCCUUUACCCUUGAUUGAUUUUAUGCAAAUGUUUCCAUCUAGGGUUGAAUAUACAUAUGUAUGUGUAUCAAUCACAAUGCCCACCAAAAUUAGAAUGAAAUAUUUAUUUUAUUAUAUUACUUUAAAGGUUGUCAUCCACAUUUUUAUUUAGUGAUAUGUUUAAAC